AUGAGAUUGCUAAAUACCACGUCUCUAGAGCUUAAGGAGUUCCAAGGCGACACAAUCCCUCCGUAUGCAAUACUAAGUCAUACAUGGAUCGACGGCGAGGAGGUCAGCUUUCACGACUUCAUAGACCUGAGCCCAUCUACAACAACCAAAUCCGGGUUCCUCAAGAUCCAGGGCGCGUGCAGGAUCGCGCGACAGGACGGCAUCGAGUGGAUAUGGAUCGACACCAAUUGCAUCGACAAGGCCAGCUCGGCCGAGCUCACGGAAGCGAUCAACUCCAUGUACAAUUGGUACCGCCAGUCAACCGUGUGCUAUGCAUACCUGGCCGACGUGCCGAAACUUCACCCCGAGAAGGACGCCGGUCCGCUCCGUCCGCUCCGCAAGAGCAACUGGCUCCGUCGCGGCUGGACGCUGCAGGAACUGAUCGGCCCGCGCCGCUUAGUCUUCUUCUCGCGGUGCUGGACGGAAAUCGGCGACCGCUCCCAGCUCGCGGGCGAUAUCUCGGCCGCCACGGGCAUCGAGACGCCGCUGCUGCAGGGCCGCGGUGACCUGCGCGCCGUUAGCAUCGCCAAGAAGAUGUCGUGGGCGGCGCGGCGCCGGACUACGCGCGCCGAGGACGCGGCGUAUUGCCUGCUGGGCUUGUUCGAUGUCAAUAUGCCGCUGCUGUAUGGCGAGGGGGGCGCUAAGGCGUUUGCCCGGCUCCAGGAGGAGAUCAUCCGCACGUCGAACGAUCAUACGAUAUUCUGCUGGAGUCGCAGUGCGGAGGUGGAGGCGGAGGUGGUGCCGCGGGAUUGGUCUAGCAUGCUGGCUCCGUCGCCGGCGGCGUUCUGCGACGCGGGCGAGUACGUCCCGGUUGAUGCGUGGGAGGCGCCGAUGCCGUAUGCGAUGACGAAUCUGGGGUUGUCGAUUUACUUGCCUGUGGUGUAUACGCUGACGCAGUUGUUUGUUGUUCUGGAUGCGGGACUUGUGGGUAGUCGGUCGGAUAUGCGUGCUUGUAUUGCUGUGCAACGGACCAACCAGAGGCGCUCUGGCUCGAAUAUACUCGACAGAAGCCGAUUUCUAGAGAGCCCGGUCAUCCUAUCCAAGAAGGCGACAGAUACUAGGGAGCGGUACAGCCUAUUCAUCAGGUCUCGGUUCGUCCCGCAACCUGGAAUCCGAUAUAGCCAUCAUCCGCGCAGACGUUCUGUAUUCAAGCACGGCAUCUUGCUCUUUGCCGACCCAACCGCGAAACGACUCCUGUCGACGGGGAGGCAGGAUGCGCCGCUCGGAGCCGUGGGUUACGAUAUCGAGACGCAUCCCCCGGGCCUUUUUGACGAGGAUACGGCGCUGCUACGGCUGCCGGCCUUCGAAGGUGGUAGUUCGUUGCUGACGUCGGGGUUACUACGCAUUUGCUUCAAGUCGCCACAGGCGACUGAUUUUUACUUAUUCUUCGCCGUCAUCUCGACGUUUAGCGGGAAAGAAGUGUGGCACUGCAGCAUACACUCCGCAGAAGACUUCUUCCACAUUAAGCUUGCCAUUCGCGAACACGUAGAAGAGGGCGGCGUGCCGGUGCAGGAAGAGGUCCUGAUACACAACUGCCUGAGGAACGAGGUAUGGGAGAACCGUCGUAAGCAGUUGACGGCGCACACUCCCGACGAAUCGCUCUUUGUCUCCAUUGGUGGCACAAUAGCUCUUUAUCCAGAUACCGACAUCCGCGCUGCUAUGCUAUCCGGUAAGUGCGAGUCGCCCUAUUCGGUCCCAAUCAGCGCGACGGAUCUUAGCGGAGUCGUCGACGAAACAGACGACAGCGACUACGUGGACGAGAGCGAGGAGAGGGGGCUCGAAGACUGGGACUCGUCGAACGAGGAAGAAGAGAGCGGGAGUAGCUUGGCUGUGGGAGAAGAUGCAAGCGGGUUGCGGAGAUGGGACGUCAACAGCUCUGUCGAGAACUCGCAGACCCUAUCGUCUGCAUCGUAG